AUGGGCUACAACGAGACAAAGAACAGCGAUACACUGCCACGCAACCUCUGCUACAGCUCAGUUUUUGGUUUCCAGGACUUGAUUCCGGCUGACUCUCCAUCAUCGAUGCGGGUCAACCGAGGCUCCAAUACCAUGCUGAACGUCGACGAUGACACGACCUCGGAGAGUGAGCCCCACCUCCUCCACCACGGCUCCUUGCCCACCGAAGAACAAGAGGAGGUGGUGGAGGCCCCGUUUGUCGCCACCACUGUUCGACUGCUUGGCGGAGGAGAGGUGCAGAAGAUAACGAAGACUGAAGAAGAGGAUGAGAUUGUGGUUGUCGAUGAUUAUCUUGAGGAUAAAGCAGCACUAACAACUGAAUAUGACAGUAUAAAGAUUGGAGAAGUACCUGAACCGAGCCUUGACCUUCAGGGAGAGGAAGAGAUGGACACAGCGCAGCAGAAGGAGAGUGACCUUGCAGAAGCAGCCCAGGAGACAAAUCAGGACAGCAAGGCGACAAAGAAAGACCAAGAAUCCAAGUCCGCUACAGAUGAAACAGAAAAUGAAGCAGGGAAGGAGACUGCCUCGAAGAAAGAAAAUGAGAACGCAGAGAAACCAGAUUCAGACGACGAAUUCAUUGAGCUGCGGCCAGAGAACGAGAAGGUGCAGAACGCCGAGCGAGUGACAAUGCAGACGUGGCAAGAACCCAACAAGUCUCCUGCCAACCCCACCGAGACUCAACACCACCUACACAUUCCCACUGACAACUUGCCAAUACAAAAAGACAAAGCGAGCGAAAAAUAUGACGAGGAGGAGACGCCACAAUUCAAAGUAGAGAAAGUCGAGGCAGGCGCUGUGAAAGAGGAGUAUUUUGAAGGGGAGAAGGAUGAUGGAAGAUACUCCGCGAUGCCACCAGAGCGUCAGAUCGAACAGAGGCGCAGUGAGGACAAUGAACUGAAAGAAACAGAUGACAAAGACGAUGAGUAUUUCGAGUGCAAGAGUAGUGCCAGCGCUCCAAUUCCUCCAGAAAUCGUUGUUAGCAGCCCAAAGGAGAAAGAAAGUCUGAACACCGAAUACUUACUGAGUCAUAUUUACAAGGACAAGACCGAAGAGGAAGGGAAAGGGGAAGGAGAGACUAACGUAGAAAAGAAACCAGACGAAAAAGAGAGUAACGUGAAAAAUGACUAUGCAAACAACCAGGAUAUUCAAAACGAGACAGGCACACAAGAAAAUCUCAAAGAAGACGAAGAACUCUUGGAUAUCAGCGCCAAACUCCUGCUGCUGGACAUGGCUGGGCAGAGAAACGAUGGCUUCUCGUCGCCUGAGAGCUACCCGGGGUCUCCUAUAAGCGAGGAAGACAGUCCGGAGUCCCCCACGUACGUUAAUCUAUACCAAGAAGAUGACAUAAGCCUCCUGAACACCGGAGUCUCCCCAAGAUGCUCCCCGGGAAACCUGACACCUCUAGACCCUAUCAGUGAGCACGACGAGAGCGAGGAGGACAAGGAGAAGGAAGGGAACAGUCCACGGAAGACAUCAUUGCCAACACUCUUCAAAUCUAACCUGUCCUCUGGUGUUGCCAACCUCAGUGCUCUCUCUGCUGAGGACGACGCUGUAAAGGAAAUGUUAACAUCUGAGGACGAGGCUUCGAAAGACACUAAAGACGGAAAAGAUGAACCCGAUGCAAUUCCUGAAGCCAAACCUGAACCUACUCCUGAAAUACACCCUGAAGUAGAUAAUGAAAUACCGCCAGAAGCUACUCCAGAAAAAACCCUUGAAACAGCUCCUGAAAUACCCUCAGACGUAGCAGAUGUAGUUCCUGAAAAGCCCCAAGAAACAGCCCCUGAAAAACCCCCUGAAACACCUCCUGAAGUCCCGCGUGAGGAAGUUCUAAGCGGAAGCGUUAAAAGGAGAAGGCGUCGCAGGAAAGGCCGCGUCACAAGGGAGAAGCAAAGCCCGGUGUUCCUGAGUGAGGGAGUGCGAACCUUCAGUAAUCCCGUGAGUUACUUCGGAGGCCCCAACAUCAAGUACGAAGAGGAAGACGGAGGUGCAGCAGCAGGAGGAAGCGAUGGAGGUGCUGAAAGCCGUCUUAGUAUUAUCUCCAAUGUCUCGCUGGAUUAA